AUGGCCGUGCGACGUCUCGUGAGUCUGGAGCGAAAGUUUGCGAAAGAUCAAGCGCUAGCAGAUCGUGUUCGUGAUAAAAUCCACGAAUACGAACGAAAGGGCUGUGCACCCAAAGCAACUCAGGCUGAGCUGGACUCAUGCGAUCGUGACCGAUUAUGGUUUCUGCCCUUGGGAGUAGUACAACACCCAAGGAAGCAAAAGGUCCGUCUCAUCUGGGAUGCCAAAGCUACCGUCAACGGAGUAUCAUUCAACUCCAGGUUGCUGAAAGGUCCCGAUCUGCUGAUUCCUUUGCCCACAGUGCUCAGUUCUUUCCGCCAAUUUCCGAUUGCCGUGUGUGGCGACAUACGAGAGAUGUUCCAUCAGGUACAGAUCAGAGAACAAGAUCGUCUUUCGCAGUGCUUUCUGUGGCGGGAUAAACCAGCCGACGACAUCCAGGUAUUCGUGAUGGACGUUGCUACGUUCGGCUCCACAUGUUCACCCGUUUCAGCCCAAUUUGUAAAAAAUCUCAACGCUGAGCAGUUCUCCGCUGUGUAUCCUAGAGCAACUAAAGCUAUCACGAAGAACCAUUACGUGGAUGACUAUUUAGAUAGUUUCGAAACGGCGAAGGAAGCAAUCGAAGUCGUCAAACAGGUGAAACUCGUCCACUCAAAAGGCGGGUUUGACAUUCGGAAUUUCCUCUCAAACUCCGCCGAAGUACUACAAGAAAUCGGUACAACAUCAAAGGAUGCCAACAAAGAACUUGCAUUGGAGAGAGGGGAAAACAUGGAGUCUGUACUGGGGAUGAUGUGGCAACCAAAUGACGACUGCUUUACGUACACGUUGGCUCUACGAGGUGACUUGCGCUCAGCCCUGAGGGAAGAUUACGUCCCUACCAAGCGUGAAGUACUCAAGGUCGUUAUGAGUCUGUUCGAUCCACUGGGUCUCAUUUCGUUCUUCCUUAUCCACGGAAAAAUCAUCAUCCAGGGAAUCUGGAGCUCCGGGACCGGCUGGGAUGAAACAAUUAAUGAAAACUCAGCCCGACAAUGGCGACAGUGGGUGCAAUGCUUCGAUCAGUUAAGUAAGCUCAGGAUACCCCGCUGCUACUUUCUCGUUCCAUCUCUCCGAAAUCUCUCUGGACGACUAGAAGUGCAUGUUUUUGUAGACGCUAGUGAAUCAGCAUACUGUUGUGUUGUGUACUUUCGGUUGAUCUGCGGAAGUAACGUACAAUUAGCACUUGUAGGAGCAAAAAGUAAAGUUGCUCCACUCAAGACACUCUCAAUUCCACGGCUCGAAUUAAAAGCUGCUGUUCUUGGAGUUCAGUAUCUUCAAACGGUUUUGGAAAACCAUGAACUCUCAAUAUCCCACAAAUAUAUGUGGACUGAUUCGACCACUGUACUUGCGUGGAUUUUGUCAAAUCAUCGGCGGUACCAGAAAUUUGUGGCUGUUCGAGUGGGUGAGAUCUUGACCCUGAGUGAUCCUCAGGACUGGCGAUGGGUUCCAACGAAAUUCAACGUAGCGGACAAAGCAACCAAAUGGGGGCAAGGACCAGACUUCCAAGCGACUAGUCAAUGGUUCUGCGGCCCGACGUUUUUGCACCAAAGGGAAGAUCAGUGGCCAGUUCGUCGUCACAUUAACACUACGGAAGAAGAGCUCCGCCCUGUUCACACUCACUGGCUAACGACUCAGGUGAUUGACGUAGCUAGAUUCAGCAAAUGGGAGAGAAUUCUACAUUCGGUUGCCUAUGUCCAACGUUACCUUGAAAAACUGCAAAGCAAGCGUCAGAAUCUACGAAUCAAGUUAGGCGCCCUGAACCAGGGCGAACUGAAGCGAGCGGAGGAGACGUUGUGGAAAAUUGUGCAAGCCAAAUCUUACCCUGACGAAAUUUCAGUUCUAUUACCGAGUCAGGGCUUACCGGAAUCACGACAUCCAUGCGUUUCAAAAUCAAGUCCUAUAUAUAAAUUGUGGCCAUUUGUCGACGCCUGCGGAGUUCUUCGGAUGCGUAGCCGUAUCGGCGCAGCAGCAUACGCCGUGGAUGAAGCAAAGUAUCCUGCGAUUCUACAUCGACAGCAUCCCAUCACCAAGCUUAUCGUGAACUGGUACCAUCGUCGUUUUCGCCAUGCCAAUAAAGAAACCGUGGUAAACGAAAUACGCCAACGAUUUGAAAUUGCUAAGCUGAGGGCUGUCGUAGAGAAAGUAUCUAAAGAUUGUAUGAUGUGCCGUGUGCGGAAAGCAGUUCCGAAGCCACCUGUGAUGGCUCCGCUCCCCUCAGCCCGUCUGCAACCAUUUGUUAAGCCGUUUACAUACGCCGGUGUGGACUAUUUCGGGCCAAUUCUCGUCAAGGUUGGAAGAAGUCUAGUGAAACGCUGGGUGGCAGUAUUCACAUGCCUUACUAUUCGUGCAGUGCACAUUGAGCUUGUACACAACUUAUCAACCGAGUCGUGCAUCAUGGCGGUACGGCGGUUUGUUGCAAGGCGGGGUCCUCCGGCUGAAGUCUAUAGCGAUAAUGGGACAUGUUUUCAAGGAGCUAGCAAAGAGUUGCAACGACAGACCAACAAAGCCUUGGCGUCUACCUUCACGAGUGCUCAAACCAAAUGGCUUUUCAUUCCCCCGGCGGCGCCACACAUGGGAGGCGCCUGGGAACGUCUUGUGCGGUCGGUAAAAGUAGCAAUUGGUGCCGUAACAGACUCUCCUAAAAGACCAGAUGAUGAGACACUUGAAACUAUAUUGACGGAAGCAGAGUUCAGCCCCUCACAAACUCUUAUAUGGGUGAAAGAGUAUUCACCGGUUAUUGCCCGUCGAACCAAAUGGUUUGAGGAAGUUCGAGAGUUGAACGUUGGAGACCUGGUUCUGCUGAUUGGUGGAACGUCAAGAAAUCAGUGGAUACGUGGACGUGUUGAACAAACUAUUCCAGGACGGGACGGUAGAGUACGCCAAGCAAUAGUACGAACAGCGUCAGGAGUUCUACGGCGACCGGCAAUCAAGCUGGCCAUUCUCGACGUGUUAGAGGAGAGUAAACCUGCACUAGUUCCAGAUGGUAUGGACCCAUACCAAGGUUUACGGGAGGGGGGAUGUCACGACGAGACCCCUUGUUCUGCCUCAACUGUGGCCGACCAGCGUGAUGGUCAACAGCGGUCCACAACAGACGACUGA